GUGUCAUUCUGCUGCCCUUUUUCACGCCUAGGAGUCGACAGAGAACGCGCAUGCAUAUAGAUGCAGGAGCAGCUGAUUUACAUGUGCACGGAUAUUGAAAGCACAACUCCUCAGGAGGAACAAUCACGAGCUUCCACGUGUAAUUUGGAGUGAAAAGAUCGAAACCUGCAAUCUUGUUGAUGAGGCCCGUCGCAGUUGUCGCCGACAAAUUUGACGUUCAAGCAAUUGAGUUCCAGUUUACGCUUUGAUAUAUCAUCUCAUGCCGACAGUGUAUCCGAUGGCUCAUACACGGUGGCUAAAGCUAUGAAUGCGGGCACAAAAGCUCCGCCCGUCCAAACUUGUGGACAGGUGUCGUUUAAGCUUCAGAAGCUGAUCUCUCAUGGAGGAAUCUAUAAAACUGGAGAACUCCAAGGCCAAUUUGCACAAGAUCUUUGUUCCACGGAAUGCAUGACCGAAAUGGUCAGCUAUCACAGUUCUCGUCUUCGAGCACAUUCCAGCGCAGACAUUUGUCAUGCUGGUGAUGAAGUUUGCUAUUGCUUGGAAACGGACAUACCUGAAUCUCUUCAUGAAAAACAGGUAUCGGCAGCUGGAAAAGAAAGACCCACUGGUCAAUACGACUAUGGCAGCGUCGGAGCCACUGGUUUCGUGGGAUCUUUGCCGCUUAAUCUCAUCACUUGGCCAACUUUUGUCAACCCGCCUUGGGCCACUUUGAUUACCCAGGCCGGCAGCUCGACUCACCCAUUUCUCGUAUCAACUCCAGUGCCCAAUGGACAGAGUUUCCGCAAUUCAGGCACAGGAAAGACCAAGCCACAGCCCCACAGACAGACUGAAGAUGUGUGGUACCAAUCGAUACAGUGCCGAUGUUCCAUGCUAGUUGAAUAUCUCAAAAUGCGUAUUCAGCACGAGCAUGCUGUUGAGUUACAGCUGGAAGAGCCUGGAGCUGGACGUAUCUGUCAACUCAGAGACACAGCAGCAAGACACCAGAUCAAUAAUUGGCAUGCACGUUUUUCUCACUACCCCGAUCCAUCUUACAACUGGCUUGUGGUAGAUGAGUAUCCGUGCGAUGAUCCCAUCCAAAUUCCCGACCGCCGCUCCUGCAGUGCCCCUUUGGCCUACCAGCAAUGCAAAAUGUAUGCAUUGCCUUCCCAAUCUCAACUCCAACGGUCUUCAGCUAAAACGUUUCUUUAG